GCCCCAGCACCGGCAGGAGCCGCCGCCGGGCGCCAUGGGGUGUUAGAGCAGCUGGCGCCCUCGCUCUCCGGCCGGAAGGAGCCGCCGCCGCCGCCGCGUGCCUCCCUCUCCGCCCCGCUCGGUUCCUCUUCCCGCCUCGCUCGCCGCCCGGAGCCCAUGAGCCUGAACGAGCACUCGAUGCAGGCGCUGUCCUGGCGGAAGCUCUACCUGAGCCGCGCCAAGCUGAAAGCCUCCAGCCGCACCUCCGCGCUGCUCUCCGGCUUCGCCAUGGUGGCUAUGGUAGAAGUUCAGCUAGAUACAGAUCAUGACUACCCUCGAGGUCUCUUGAUAGCUUUCAGUGCCUGUACUACUGUCCUUGUUGCAGUUCAUCUUUUUGCACUCAUGAUAAGUACUUGCAUUCUUCCAAAUAUAGAGGCUGUAAGCAACGUGCAUAAUCUCAACUCGGUAAAGGAGUCUCCACAUGAGCGUAUGCAUCGGCACAUUGAGCUUGCCUGGGCAUUUUCUACUGUUAUUGGGACUUUGCUCUUUCUUGCAGAGGUGGUGUUACUCUGUUGGGUCAAGUUUCUCCCUUUAAAGAAGAACCCUCUUGAUUCAUCCCAGAACAGCAGUUCUACCAUCACGUCAGGAGAGGCAGCAGCCAUUGCAUCAACGUCUAUUAUGGUUCCUUUUGGACUGAUUUUCAUAGUGUUUGCAGUCCACUUCUACAGGUCACUGGUGAGCCAUAAAACAGACAGGCAAUUUCAAGAACUCAAUGAACUUGCUGAAUUUGCACGGCUCCAGGAUCAGCUGGAUCACAGAGGCGAUACCAUCUCCCCAGGUGUUAGCCACUUUGCGUAAACCUGUACUUAAAGAAAAUAAAUGCACUAUUCCGCUUCUGCCUUGCGAUGUCGAUUCCCCUGUGCAUGAACUGGUUGAACUAUGGAUUUGUUUUUAAAGAGAGAUUUAUAAAUGUUGUUCUAACUCUUUAUGGGCAAAAAAGUGUUGUCAUAACAUUGUGAUAGCUGACGUCUGGAGGAAUGGAUGGUGGGGUAUGCUUGCACUGCGUGAGCUUUCGUCCUCUAGUGAGUACUGCAUAGUUUGCUUCUUGUUAAUGUUGAAUGGCGGCUACAUAAAUACAUAGAGAAUAACACUGUAAUUUUUGGUAUUUGUUAGGGAUGGAUAGAGAAGCACUUUUCCUCUCUUUGAUUUUGGCAUUUACUAGAAGAUACUGCUGUCCAAUACAUGUUGCAUGGCAUGAUACAAAUUACUUGGGAUACGCAGCAAUUAGCACUUGAUUUCAGUGCUAGUGCUGUGCUCUCUAGAAAGCUUGACAGAUGGUAAAAGUGAAAGCUUUCCCAGCACUUUCCCCAGUGUGUUUUGCUGCCAAAUAAUUAUUACUUCACCAGUUUCUCCAGCGCCUUUUCCUAUGGCAGUUACACAUUUUAUAGCCCACUAAAUACCCAUGACUAGUCGUACUGUGAUGUGGUAUGGCCGCAUGAGUUGGACUGAGCCGCUCUUCUGUGGAAGAAUAUAAAAGCAAUAAAUUUUAAAGUUCUCAUGAGCUGGCAUUAUCUGAAGAUAAGAAUUGCCUGUUUUCCAUUUAGGGAUCUUUUGUAAAAAGAAGAAACUAGAUGGAAAUUAUUACUGGAUAAUUUUUUUUUCUUGAAAAUCAGAACCACUACUGUUUUUUCCAAGCCAAAGUAGUAACUAUUUUAUACUUUUAUAUAAAUAAGUAUAUUUUUUUAAUAAUUCCUCAGAUAAAAGCAGCAAAAGGCACUCUCUCUGUGUUGGAUUCCCAAGUGAUCGGCUAUGCCUUGGUCUUCCUUGUUUAGAAAGUCUUCUGCUUGCUGAAGUGUUGUAUUUAAUAACUUUUUACACCUUUGUGCUUCCAAAGAGUCUGGAGACAACUUUCCUUUAUGUAGAUUUAUUUAUAAAAGUAGAUUAUUUGUAAAUAAUAUUGCUGCUUACUUUUGGAUAUGUGUGUCUUUGAUAGAGUGAGGCUACUGUGUCAACUUCUGAUUUCUUUCUGAAGCAAAAACUUUAAUUUGGUCUAUUAGAUGUGGGUUUUGUCCAAGCGAGAUUGCAGCAUUUGUCCUGGCUGCUUCAGAAUUCAUGUAAUUCCAGCUGUCUGUAGAAGUGAAAUUUUUGGAAUGCAGUUUUUCUUCUAUGGAGAAGCUGUUGGCUUUCAUGUGUAGAAGGCCUUGUUGGACGCACAAGCUGAGACCGGUUCAAAUCCCAUGGAGCAAAACUUGAAUCCCCAUCAUAGCUCACUGUGAAACAUAACCCUGGGAUGUGGCGAUGAGCCGGGGUGAACGUGGCAGCACGUUGAACUAUCCCUGACUGUGCCUGGCAGAAUGCGGUCUCUUACGCCCAGCCUUCAUCUCGGAUCGUCCCAGUGUGUUCACAAACGGUGGGAUGUGUUUGUGGAGUUAAGGUGGCAGAGUAGAGCUUACCACGGAAGCAGCGUGGUGAAGUGAAUGGGGCUGGUUUCCGGUGUCAGCGCUGCAGCAGCAGAAACACCGAUGAGACUGCCCACGGGGUACACUUUCUAUUCUGAAAAGGAGCCAUAAAAACAUUGCUGGGCUUCUUUUCAGUGGUGUUCUUGCAGAGGAGUUUUCUGUUCACAAGCAGAAAACUGCUUUCCACUCGCCAUUUUCACAAGUCCUUUUGGUACACAGAGGACAGACUGGAUUUUCUCUAGCUCUGCCAUUACAUUACCCUUCAAGUGUAAAAAUACUAUUGUUGGUAUAAUUGUGAUGAUGAGAAUUGGGGCUACAAUCCCACAGUUCGCUCGGGGGACGCUGAAAGGAUUGUGUUAGUAAAGGCAUUAAUAAAGCAGCAUUCCAAAACAUGAAAUCUUUGUAGUAAGCACAAAAUUUCCUGGUGCAUCCUUUACUAAAAUAAGAUCCGUCUUGGGUUUCUUAAAGCCUCAGUAAAGGAAGCAACUCUGACUCAAUAUUCACACUAGAACAAAUGGUCAAAAAGGUGCUGUCAGGCUUAAAAGUUACACUUCUGUCUGUAAAUUACGUACUUGAGUUGUAACUUUAUUAUGAAUGGAAGUCCAGAAAAUAUAUUUUCCUAGCUUAUUUUGUAAAACUACUUGCUGUCCUGGAUAAGUAGCUGAUUUUAUUUUGUGGAUCUUUUACAAAGUGACAAGAAGUGGGAAUUUUUGGUUUGGAAAAUAGAGAAUUAGAAGUUAGUGGGGCAACCUUAUUUUUAACUUUUUAAAGCUGGAGGUUCCAGGCUAAUGAGGCUGUUGCUACAGUUGCUUUUCUGACUUUUCCGCUCUAGUUUUGCGUAUUGAGUAUAUUUUCCAGCUGUGGAAAUGGUCAUGGAAGUUGCACUUUGGGCAUAGUCUCACAGCUGUGAUAGUUGGUAACCAGGACCAGAAAGCAUGGCUGUAAACUCAGUGUUUUUUUUAAUCCCUUAUUUAUACUAAUGGUAUUAAGCAUUUACCUCAAGCAUUUUAAACUUGGUUAUUGUAUAUCACAGAUUUAGAUAUAAAAUACUCAAAUAAAAAUAUAAUCAAUUGUUGCUGAUUAUUUGUUAUCUAGAUAUCUAAAAAUACACUUAAUUUUCUUUAUAUUCUUUAUCAUUCUUCAGUUUGUAUUGUGGUGAUCAUAACUGUGGGUUCCUGAGAAUCUCUUAAAUGCAUUCAGCUACUCAUUUCAUGAGUGUAAAGAUGAAAUUUCCUGUUUGCACAGACAGGUAUAAAGGAUAUAAAGUA